AUGAGGGAAAGCAAUAAUAUUCAACUCAAGAAUGGAAACCUGGCCAAUGGGAACGGAGUGUGCAACCAGGCGUUUGAAAUAGAGGAGGACUACAUAGCGGAUACUGACAGCAGGAAAAAGCAAGCCGAACCGUCUAGAAAGGGACUGGGCUCAUAUUUAAGCCAAAUUUCCAGGCCGAUUAUCGCCACCGAGGAUUACCUGAAAGCUCACUCCCAAACCUUCAAGUACACAAUCUUGGGCAUACUUGGAGCAGGAUAUGUGGCAUACUUUGUUACAGCCUGUGUUUUGGAUUUCCAGAGGGCCACAGCCUUGGUGGUCCUCACCUGUUUGGCAGUUGUGUCUAAGUCCUACGACCUAGUGAAGAAGUACAAAGGGGAAAGUAUCAGUCGUUGUUUCAGACCUGUAUUGAAAUGCUUCAAAUCCAAUUUAAGGUGGAUUAAAUGGGUCUUCAUCGUCAUCGUGGUGCUGCUGCUAGUGUUGUGGCUGGUGCUAGACACCAGGCAACGCCCUGAGCAGCUUAUCUCCUUCGGAGGCAUAUGCAUGUUCGUCCUGCUCGUGUUCGCCUGCUCAGCACACAGGACAGCGGUGACAUGGAGACCAGUGUUUUGGGGUCUUGGCUUGCAGUUCUGCAUUGGACUUUUUGUUAUCAGGACGCAACCUGGACUCGUUGCCUUCCAGUGGCUUGGACGACAAGUGCAGAUCUUCCUGGACUACACCAAAGAAGGUUCCUCGUUUGUUUUUGGAGAUUUGAUCGGAGGCAUCUUUGCCUUUCAAGCUCUGCCUAUCGUUGUGUUCUUCAGCAGCGUGAUGUCAGUGCUUUACUUCCUAGGCAUAAUGCAGUGGCUCAUUCUGAAGAUCUCAUGGGUUAUGCAGGUAACAAUGGGGACCUCUCCCACAGAGACCUUGAGCAUUGCAGGCAAUAUAUUUAUCGGCCAGACAGAGGCACCGCUGCUGAUUCGGCCCUACUUAAAGGACAUGACCAAGUCUGAGAUGCAUGCUGUCAUGACGGGGGGAUUUGCCACCAUUGCCGGAAGCGUCAUGGGCGCAUUCAUCUCAUUUGGGAUUGAUGCGUCCUCCUUGAUAUCAGCCUCUGUGAUGGCUGCUCCUUGUGCGUUGGCCAUGUCCAAGCUUUCUUACCCAGAGACAGAAGAGAGCCCCUUCAAGUCAGAGAAGAAUAUCAAAGUGGCUUGUGGAGAUGAGCAGAACAUCCUGGAGGCAGCCAGCAGUGGAGCAUCUGCAUCCAUAGGCCUGGUUGCCAACAUUGCAGCAAACCUCAUCGCCUUUCUCGCCAUCCUUGCCUUCAUCAAUCAAGCCCUGAGCUGGCUCGGAGGGAUGGUGGGGUAUCCUGAUGUCACAUUUCAGUUAUUUUGCUCAUACAUCUUCAUGCCUGUGGCCUUCAUGAUGGGAGUCCCAUAUGAGGAGAGCUUUACCAUUGCCGAGCUGAUUGGCAUAAAGCUUUUCCUCAACGAGUUUGUGGCCUACGAGAAGUUAUCUGCAUUGAAGACCAACAGACUCAACGGGCUGGACGCAGUUGUUGCCGGGCAAAGACAAUGGGUUUCAGUGCGAUCGGAAAUAAUCACCACUUAUGCUCUGUGUGGCUUUGCCAACUUCAGCUCCCUUGGCAUCAUGAUUGGAGGCCUCUCCUCUAUAUGCCCAUCUAGAAGAGGUGAUAUCUCAGGUCUGGUGCUGCGAUCCAUGCUGACGGGCACGUGUGUGUCGCUUGUCAAUGCUUGCAUCGCAGGGAUUCUUUUUGUCCCUCCACUCGACUGUGUGAACUUGUUCAGGGAGUCUGUUUUUAAUGGCACAGAUGCUAACGUUCAAACCUGCUGCAACGACCUCUUUGCUAGUGCUGUCAACAACGGGACAAUCUCAUUUGAAGGCUCGUGGAGCACAGUCGCAAACGCCACUGUGUUUUUGUCCAGGUGCUGUCAGUGCUGCAGCGUCCCUCAAGAUGUGCUUUGUAUGUAGAGGAAGCAAAACAUCUCUAUCCUUCUCACCAGUUCAGUUACACUGGUUUCCACUUUGGAUACUUAUGACACAUGUAUAAAUGUAGAUUAUGCAGCAGAAACACACAUUUGAUGGUUCUGAU